AUGGAACCAUACACUCCGAGGACGCACAACGGCAGCCGUAAAAAGCUGACUCUGUCGACAAAGGAGUACAAUAAGAUUACUGGGACACUCGCGUCGGCGCGGAGGAGCAGACAUUACCGGGAAGAAGAUGAAGAACUGGACGGACAUAGCUAUGAGGAGCCGUCAUUCAUCGCCGAGACGUCCUUCGUCCGCGCCCCCUUGAAUUCACGCGUCGUUUCGAAUGGGAGCGUGCCGUUGGCCAGUUUCAAAGGCAAGGCGAAGCAGGAAAGCUUGGAGCGGAUACCACUCGAUGUACAGGAGGCUUUGAUUCUGGAGGAUCUGCUGUACGUCCUCAUGGGCAUCGAGGGUGUCUACAUCCGACACCACCCAGACUAUUCUCCUGAAGAUGACGACCCUCUUCAGGGCAUCCGCUUUGUCGUAUCGCCUUCCCUAGACCCUUCACUGCGAGACCUCGUAGAACGCAUCAUACCCUUGGCAACCUAUUACACCGCGAUAUCCUCAUUUAUCGAGCUGCGCAGCGACCUGGACUUUGGCAUGGUCAACCACGCCUUAUGCGCUGCUCUCCGAGACAUGCUCAAGGACUACCAAACCCUCCUCUCCCAGCUCGAGCACGCGUUCAACACGAGCCUACAGUUCAGUCUCCAAAAACUCUGGUUCUACAUCCACCCGACGGUGCACACACUUUACCUGCUGCACCAGCUCGUCACGGAGCUUGCCAGCGCCGACGACGCAUCCAUGUCGCUCCCCUCCUCCGCGUCCGUGUCGGAUAUCGAGGACAACGAACGCGACGAGGCGCUGGGCCUUGGCGGCGCGCACCUCAAAGCGGCUAUGUCGCAGAUGAAGAAGAACGCGCUCGGCGUGAGCGUGGACAGCGGGAACAAUAUCGCCGUCAAGGGCGGGGAGGUGCUGACGAUUGUAUAUGAGAAGGCGCAGACCAUGUCUGGGGAUCCGGCGGCGAAGAAACUAUACAGCACGCUGUUGCGGGCGGCGGGGAAGCCGUACGUGACGAUGCUCCAGACAUGGAUUACAACGGGGCGGUUGUUGGAUCCGUACGAGGAGCUGUGUGUGAAGGAGAGUAAGUUUAUCAAUCGCGGGACGCUGGAGAUGGACUACGUCGACGAAUACUGGGAGAGGCGGUAUACAUUGCGAGACGGCUCGACGGUGUCGGGUCCGUCGAAGCGUCAGGCGGGUAUACCCUCUGUCAGACCCCAAAGCGGUCGGUUGCCCGGGGGUGCAUGCAUACCGCCCCUACUGGAACCGUUGAAACACAAGAUCCUGCUUGCAGGCAAAUAUCUGAACGUCAUCCGGGAGUGUGGGAUCGAAAUCAAGAGCCAUCUACAAGAGUCCGAAGAGGGUGAACUACUCAUGGACGAUGAAAGGUUCUACAAGUUCAUCGAAGAAGCAUACACCCAUGCCAACCGAACAUUACUACAGCUACUCUUGAAGGACCAGCAGCUAGUCCCUCGUCUCCGCUCCCUGAAGCGCUGCUUCUUCCUCUCUCAAUCCUCCUUCCUCACGCACUUCCUGGACCUCUCGCAGUCAGAGCUGCGCAAGUACGUCAAGGCGGCGUCUGUGGUGAAGCUGCAGAGCCUCCUAGACAUGACACUCAGCACAGACAUGCACGGCGACGACGCAAUGUUCCGCGAGGACGUCAGAGUCACGCUCGCCUCGAGCAAGCUGUACGACUGGCUGAUGAAGGUGGUAAACGUUAGUGGCGUGAUUGGCGGCAGCGAGGACGGGCAAAAGACGCCUUCGGAAUCUGCGGGGCAUGACGAGUCGAAGAAAAGAUUAUGGGCAAUCAUCGAUGCCCUCGCCUUCGACUACAAUGUCAAAUUCCCGCUAUCCCUCGUCAUCUCCAGAAAGACUAUACUACGAUAUCAGCUGCUAUUCCGGUUCCUGCUGCACUGCAAGCAUGUCGAGCAGUGCCUGACGACCAUGUGGAUCGAACAGAAGGGUGUGGUCUGGCGCAAGUCUGUGCCGCACCACCAUGACUUCGAGAUGUGGCGGCUGCGCGUGCAUCUGCUGCGCUCGCGGAUGCUGGCGUUCGUCCAGCAGAUUAUGGGAUUCGCCACUGCCGAGGUCCUGGAGCCCAACUGGCGUGACCUAGAGAUGAAGCUGACGAAAGUGAGCACUGUUGACCAGCUGCUCCGAGACCAUGUCGACUUUCUGGAUACGUGCCUGAAGGAGUGCAUGCUCACUAGUUCAAAGUUGCUACGUCCCUUCUCUAAGCUCAUGACCACUUGCACGACGUUCGCCCUGUAUACGCACAGCUUCUCGAAGAGCGCUUCUCAGUCCUUGGCCGCGGCUGAGAGUCAAUUCGGUGACCAAGCUAUGGCUAAGCGGUGGGAUUUUUUAGGAAAGUUCGAGACAAACUUCAAUCAUUGGUUCAGCGUUCACUUGGACCACGUCCAGUUCGCAGCAUCCAGCGAGAACGCGUCCCUGAUACCGCUUGUUAUGAGGCUUAGCAGCAUAAAGGCGCAAUCAUGAUGUCCCCCACCAUCAAAUCUUGUCCUCUCUCGGCGAAAGCUAAUGGUGCCUCGUCACUGUUGCACCAAAUCCAUCCAAUCCACCCAUGUUGUACGAGUCCCUUCUUGGAAGAAUAGAUAUGGCAUUGCGUCCGGGGUAUAUUACAGUCAG